AUUUAAUAAUAAAAAUUAUUUUCACGUUUUACUAACUCGUAUAUUAUCAUUAUUAAAAAUGAAUUUCUAUUUUCGUUUUGGAAUAUUACUUUGUUUCAUGUGUUUAAAUGCCAUACCUACGUUUUCAACUGGGGCGCCAAACUCCAAAAGAAAUCCGCUAGAUGAAGAAUAUGUUCUCAAUGAAGUGACUGAUUCAGAUGAGGAAAAUGAACCCUAUGAAGUGAUUGAUUCAGAUGAGGAAAAUGGAUCCUAUGAAGUGAUUGAUUAUUCAGAUGAGGAAAAUGAACCCUAUGAAGUGAUUGAUUCAGAUGAGUGUAAGAAUGCAAUAAAAGAUUUUUACAACCCAUCAAAUGAGAAAGACUAUCCAUUUUCAUUUUUUGCCAUUCAACAUGCAUUGUCUCAAAUUUUUAAUAUUUCUGUUGAAAAUGGAGAAAUUUUAUUGAAAAGAAAAGGAAAUAUUGAAUUAGUUCAACAAAACAAUAUUUCUAUGUUAUCAGGAAAUUUUACGCCACAUUUAUCAG